AUGCUCCCUCCAAUGCGAUAUCUCCUCUCCUGCUUACAGCUUGCGCCACUGGUUGGUCUAGCUUCAGCGACACCGUUUGACACCGCGCAGCCGCAGCCGCAGCAACCGUUACUAUCGAGCAACGACACCAAGCAUGCUGCACCCCCGUUGCCUAUCUCCGUCGAGCUCUUCCGAUCCCUCGAGCGCACGUCGCGCAUAGUCGACAUCACCUACUGCGUCGGCACCACGGGUAUAUCGCAGCCCUUCUCGUGCGUCUCGCGCUGCAAGGAGUUUCCCUCCUUCACGCUCGUUUCGACCUGGAACACGGGUGUCCUGCUGAGCGACAGCUGCGGCUACAUUGCCGUCGACCACGGCGUUCGAAGGCCUGGCGAUGAGGACAGGUUUAAUGGCAAGGUCGGGGAGAAGGCUAUCAUCAUCGCCUUCCGGGGUACCUACAGUAUUUCCAACACGAUUGUCGACCUAAGCACCAUCCCGCAGGAAUAUGUACCGUAUCCAUCUCCCGAUGAAGGGGGCGAGGCACCCAAUGAGCCCAAACGCAAGUGCAAAGACUGCACCGUCCACAUGGGUUUCCUGACAUCGUGGCGCCAGGCGCGGAGGCUAGUCAUUCCAGAGGUGAAGAAGCUGAGGGAGCAAUACCCGGACUAUCCCAUUCACCUGGUCGGUCACAGUCUCGGUGGCGCUGUUGCCAUGCUCGCAUCUCUCGAGCUCAAGAUCUCCCUUGGCUGGGACAAUGUCAGAGUCACGACUUUUGGUGAGCCCAAGGUCGGCAAUCAGGGUCUUGUAGACUAUGUCGACGAGGUCUUUGGUUUGAAGGGCGAAAAGGACGAGGACAUCUCGAAGCGGACCUACCGUCGCGUGACCCACGCCGACGACCCAGUGCCGCUGCUCCCACUUACAGAGUGGGGGUACAAGCCUCACGCCGGGGAGUUCUAUAUCUCCAAGGCAGAGCUGUCUCCGUCUCUGGAAGACGUCGUGGCCUGUCGCGGUGACAGCGACGGAAGCUGCAUCACGAAGGCGGACGAUAGCUUCUUCGGAUCCAGGCUGAAAGACUUUGUCGAAGUUGCUGCGAAAUCGACGUUGGCACCGCCAAAGGGACUCGUUGAGGAGACCAGCAGAUGGAUCAAGAGGCUACCGGGCUUCCCGGCUCGACUGAAGCUUUGGCAGCUGCUCUUUGCGCACCGGGACUAUUUUUGGAGACUUGGGCUGUGUAUGCCCGGCGGCGAUCCGGCGAAUUGGGGGAGAGACAAAUAUGGAGGUGGCCAUGACAGUUUGCUGUCAGAAGAGCUGUGA